AUGACUGCCCCAACUACCUACCUUGUCACCGGUGCAAACCGAGGCAUUGGACGAGGCUUUGUCCAGACAUUCCUACAAAGGGCUGCCACCAUUGUUAUUGCGGCUGUCCGAGAUCCGUCGAGCACAUCAUCUAAGAGCCUCCAAGACCUCCCAAAGGGUGCUGGGUCUAAGUUGAUCACUGUCAAGCUUGACUCCUCAAUCAGCACCGACGCCGCAGAAGCGGUGGCACAGCUCCAGACCGAACACGGUCUGUCCUCUAUCGAUAUCGUUAUUGCCAAUGCGGGUAUCUCGGUAGGUGGCACGCUUGUCCGGGAGACAACCGCUGCAAGCAUCGCCGAACAUUUCAUUGUGAACACGACUGGUCCUGUGACACUAUUCCAGGCCACUGCCAAUCUUCUUCAGGCUAGCAAGACUGGGAGCCCUAUCUUCGUCGCAAUCUCAACUCUUAUUGGGUCUAUUGGAUCUAUGGAAGCCCUUGCAAGCUUCCCGUCCACUCAAAGCCCAUACGGCGGGAGUAAGGCGGCAUUGAAUUGGUUUGUCCGUCGGCUUCACUUUGAGGAGCCUUGGUUGACGAGCUUUGUCUUCCAUCCCGGCCUGGUGGAGACGGACCUUACUCAGUCAAUUGUUGAAGAGUUAGGCAUCAAGCUCUCGGAUUUCGGCGGUAUUUCCGUCGAGACCAGCGUGUCUUCAAUGGUGAAGACCCUCGAUGUGGCUUCUAAAGAGACCAGUGGCACGUUCCAAAAUUAUGAUGGUUCUAUUCUGCCUUGGUAG